UUGAGAAAUAUAGAGGUUAUACGUGUGGACAGUACUCUUAAACUUACACUUUUAGGUGACACAGCGGCAGUACAGGAAGCACAGCAACCCGCCGCUGCGGCAGUACAGGAAGCACAGCAACCCGCCGCUGAAGCAUCAGAGGUGGAAAACCAUGAGGCAGCCUACGAUCUGAACGCUUAUCCAGGUUACAUUUGGAAUUAUGAGACGCAGCAAUGGGACGUGGACCCGAAUUACGACCCCAGCCAACACCAAUCAUCAGAGUACGCCUAUCAGUACGACGGAUACAGUACAACUGUCCAAGGCGAUGGCUACACCUAUCCAGAAGGUGGUUAUGAUCAGACCUAUGGCCAGACCUACGCCUACGAUCAGAACGACACCUACACGAGUUCUGCCUACCCAAGUGACCCCAGCGCUUAUGUUCAAGGAGCUAGUGGUUACAGUGGAUACGACCAACAUUAUGCGUAUGACCAGGCAGGUUCCCAUGCAGGAUAUGACCAGGCAGGCUCCCAUACGGGGUAUGACACCACGGCGACCACCUAUGACCAGCAGUACCCAGAUGUUCAAGGGAACGGCUACGCGGAUGGCUCCUACUACCAUGCAGGAUAUAACCAGAACCCUGUAGAGUACAGUGAACCGCCCAUCGGGGAUCAAUCCAACAACGACUAUGACACCAGUGCCACGACGACCGAUGUAAGCACUGGAUACGGCUACGAUCAGCCUGGAUACGACCAACCUGGCUACGAUAAUGCUAACCUGGCAGCGGCUGGUGCAGCUGCGUACGAUUAUAGUAGCACUAGUUACGGUAGCAGUAGCGCAGCAGCAAGUGCAGCUGGAUACGGUUACGGUCAAGUAGAAUACGGUAACACCGCUACGACAGCUGAAAGUCAAGCUCCGGUCGAUUAUUCGUCGUAUUCCCACGAAUACUCGACAGACUAUUCCAACUAUCAGUAUCCCAAAGAGCAACCGGCACAAGACUACUCUGGAAGUUCUCAUCCGCCUGAAGCUGGCACCAGUCACCCCUACCCUACGCAGCCAUUUUAUCAAAGUGUCUCUGAAAAGUCGCACAGUACCGUUCCGUUUUCGCAACCGUUGUUCCAAAGGUGA